AUGAACAGAUCAUUCUCCUCCCUCCUCACCACCCCAACCCGCCACUUCCAACCAAUGCAGCGUUCGUUCCCGACUGCCAUUACCGCUUCUGCUCCUACCACCAUGACCACUGUCACCUCACCAAUUACCUCCCUCCUUGCCGGGCAAUCCCAGCUCGGUCAAGGCCAGACCCGCUCUUUCUCCGCAUCCGCCUCCCUCGGUGUACGUCGCGUGACCUUCCGGCCAUCGCGACGUGUCCAGAAGCGCCGUCAUGGCUUCUUGUCACGGAAUAAGACACAGAAGGGUCGUCAGACUCUUAUCAAUCGCCGGUUGAAGGGUCGGAAGAAUGCUAGUUGGUAG